GUACUCGGUUUGGAAGUUUUGUGUUAAGCGAAACCAUCUGCGUUACGGUAGCAUAAAAGUCCAACUUUGCUGUGUGUGCAACGUCGUCCCAACCACAACCCAACCACAACUCAACUCACUGAAACCAUGUUCUCCAAAGUGAUCGCUGUUUUGGCCUUUGCCGCCGUUGUAGCCGCCAAGCCCCAACAUCAGCAGGCCGCCCAGUACCCGGCCGGCGUCGAUCCGUCCCGCUGCCCGUCGUACCCGAACUGUGACAACGCGGCCCUGCACAGCCCGAACCCGUACAACAACCAUGCCGCCAACCACUGGAACCCGAACUGGAACGCCCAGCCCAGCUGGAACCACGCUCCGGCCCCGGCCCCAGCCCACGCCCCGUACUACCACGGAGCGCCCCACUCGUACCAGGCUCUGACCGGCCCCAGCCACAACUACCUCGGAGCUCCGGCCCCAACUGCCGGUGGCGAUCGCUAUCCCGCCGGAGUGGACCCGCAUAGCUGCCCGAACUACCCGUACUGUGAUAACUCGGCCCCGGCUGGCGUGCCGCACGCUGCCCCUCUGCCAGGAUACACCGCCCGCCAGUACCCUGCCGGAGUGUCCCCGCACACCUGCCCGAACUUCCCGUACUGCUAAGAAGCUGGCCCCCACCCGGGUUCCACUCUCUGUCCCUCACCGACUACUACUGCGCCUCUGUUUUCAAUCCCCACCUCGACCAUCGGCCGACCGUUGUCCCGUGUCCUUUCCAUUUCCUUUCCGGCCGGUCGUCCACUCUCUCCCUGUUCUACCCACUGUGUUCCUGCCUUCCCCCCUCACCCCCCAGCCCAAUGGUUGUAAAUAAUGGUUCCGGUUCCGGGUAGAGGAAAGAAGAAUGCGAACCAUCCGCAGAACGAUCAGGAGAAAGAAGAAGAGAACGAUCACAGCCGAUCGGACACGCAAAAACGAAAUGAACCGAAAUGUUAUCUCAGCGCACACGAUGCAAAUGAAAUUUGAA